AUUGCAAAAUACAGCGAUGGCGCUACGAUGGGGUAUUCUGGGUGCGGGAAAAAUAGCAAGGGACUUCGCUUUGGCGCUCAAAACUCUUCCUGAAGGCGAAAAUAUAAUGGUCGCUGUUGGAUCAAAUUCCAAAGACAGAGCAAAGACGUUCGCGCAAGAAAAUGGCAUCUCCAAAUCGUAUGGUUCUUAUCAAGAAUUACUCCAGGAUCCUGAAGUUCAAGUCGUGUACGUGGCCGGAUUCACAAACACUCAUGCAGGGACUUGUAAAAUGGCUUUGAAUAGUGGAAAACAUGUCUUGUGCGAAAAGGCAUUUGCAAUGAAUUUAAGAGAGACGAAAGAGGUGCUGGACCUUGCUAAGCAGAAAGGGUUGUUCAUAAUGGAGGCAAUGUGGUCAAGGUUUAUUCCAUCAUAUUGCUACCUUCAAGAACAACUCAACAAAAAUGCAAUAGGCAAAGUGUCUGUGGCGAUGGCAACAUUUGGUCUUAAAAUGGAUACCAAACCAAGAGUAUAUGAUAAGAACUUAGGAGGCUCAGUCCUCUUGGAUAUUGGGAUCUAUACAUUGACAUUUGCUGAUCUUGUGUUUAAUGGUGAGAAACCUGAGAAAAUCACUGCUUCUGGUCAUCUUUUUGAAAGCGGUGUUGAUCACACGACUAGUGUUACAUUGAUGUUUAGCGGGAAGAGGAUUGCUCAGUUGCUUUUUACUGCUGGUGUGGUCUUGCCAAACACAGCGACAGUUAUUGGCAGUGAAGGGUCAAUUUCUUUUGAAGCACCAUUUCACUGUGCCACCAAAGCGGCCACUCCUGAUGGUAUGAAGGAAUUUUCCUUACCCGAACUGGAGCAUCCAUCUAAUUUUCAAAACUCUGCAGCCUUAAGGUAUGAAAUUGAUGCCACAAGGAAGUGUAUAUUGGGCGGAGAAUUGGAGAGCGACAUAAUGUCGCAUUCAACAACCAUCAGGAUUAUGGAAUACAUGGAUGAGAUCAGGAGACAACUUGGAGUGAGGUUUGAUCAGGAUGCGGAAUGAUAGUAAAUGUCAAUUUUUUACCCUCUGAUGAAUAUUAGAUAUACAAUACACCCUUUUAAUUAUCUAGUUUUUCAGUAUCAUGUGAACAUAUUGUGUAAGAAUUUAGCUAAUUAUUACGUCUAGAACAAGUGUUUUAGUGAACAUAAUUUUAGUGACUUAGUGGCCGAAGGUUUUGAUUGUCACCCUGCCAAUCAACCUCUUCCGUUUUGAAUAUGGGACGAUUGAACUGGGCAAUCAAAUUGCAGCAAAUUAAUAAAUUCACAACAGAAUUUAUCAAAUUGUUAGAAUUCAAUACAUUUAUUGUACUAAAAAGGCUUUUAUCUUUCUUCUGUGAACGAAAUUGUUCAUAAUUGUUGAAUGAAUCUACCAUGCGAACAGAGUCUUUAAUAUUUUCGUUUCGUUUCCCCUUCCUGAGCAGGAGAAACGAAAAUAAGAAACGAAAAUA